AUGCAGGAGCUCCUGCCUCAAGUCCCUUUCCAAUCGCAUCGCGAGCAUACUAAGAGCCAAAGAGCUCCUGGUCGUGUGCGACUGCGUGCUUGGUUGUUUAUGGGUACCUUCAACCUCGGUGUCAAGUUUACUUAUAACUUACAACCUACCUUGGGGCCUUGGGGGGCAUAUAAGUGCAGGCUCGCAUUGGGGCGAAAAGUGCCCGUGAGCAGCUCACUCUUGAGCAUGUCCAGGAUGCCCCAUGGGCUGCAUUUGGUCUUCCACGCCUGCCUGAUGUUUCAGCGAGCGGACGGUCGCUUUGGCCUGCUUUCCUCACAUGGCCAUCACCAUUCCGAAGAUGACGCUGGAAGCGGUGAUCUUCUGGGAGUUUGUGGGCAAGUCACCCCACCUUGGCUGGAGGAUUUCUGUGAGCUGGUGACCUGCGCGGCCACGAUCCUUCUGGCCAUGCUGCUCAUCUUCCUUGCGGCGUUUGGCUUUGCACUGUGUCUUCAGCACAAGGUCGCGCGGCAGAACUACACUUUGUGGUCUCCGACACGGCUUGGCCGCCUCUGCGGCAUGCGCUGCCGCCUCAAGUUUAUUUCGGGGGGAAAUUGUGAUGAGGGCCAGCCACUUGCAGUCCUAGUUGCAGGCCGCUACGAAGCCGCCAAGCUUCGGGGUCAUGGAUGGAAAUCAUUUUUACUUUUUCAAUAUUUUCAUGAAUGCUUCUAA